AUGAGCGGAGGUGGAUUCCGAUUCCUCAACCUGGUCCGGCCUUUCAUGUCGGUCCUGCCAGAGGUCACAGCUCCCGAGAGGAAGGUACCAUUCAACCAGCGAAUGGCAUGGACCGCAAUCGUACUCGCCAUCUUCCUUGUCUCCUCGCAGAUCCCCCUCUACGGAAUUAUGUCCUCGGACUCUUCGGAUCCCCUCUACUGGAUGCGUGUUAUUCUCGCCUCCAACAGGGGUACAUUGAUGGAGCUGGGUAUCUCGCCCAUCGUCACCUCGGGUAUGAUCAUGCAGCUGCUUGCCGGAGCCAACCUCAUCGAGGUAGACUUCAACCUCAAGGAGGACAGGGCCUUGUUCGGAGGAGCUCAGAAGCUCUUCGCUCUCAUCAUCUCCCUCGGUCAGGCUACCGUAUACGUCAUGACGGGUCUCUACGGUCAGCCAAAGGACCUCGGAGCAGGUGUCUGUCUCCUCCUGGUACUGCAGCUCGUCGUCGCUGGUCUCAUCGUCAUCCUUUUGGACGAGCUACUGCAAAAGGGCUACGGUCUCUCAUCUGGUAUUUCGCUCUUCAUUGCGACUAACAUCUGCGAGUCGAUCGUCUGGAAGGCAUUCUCUCCCACUACCAUCAACACUGGACGUGGACCAGAGUUCGAGGGAGCUCUCGUUGCCCUCUUCCACCUGCUUUUCACCUGGAACGACAAGACCCGAGCUCUCAAGGAGGCCCUCUACCGCGACAGGCUGCCCAAUGUCAUGAACCUUGUCGCAACAUUGGCGAUCUUCCUCCUCGUCAUCUACCUGCAGGGCUUCCGAAUUGAGAUCCCCGUCAAGUCGAACCGAUUCCGUGGACAGCGUGGAACCUACCCUGUCAAGCUCUUCUACACUUCCAACAUGCCCAUCAUGCUCGAGAGUGCCCUGACCUCCAACGUCUUCAUCAUCUCCCAGAUGCUGGCUUCUCGCUUCCCAUCGAACCUCCUCGUCAAAAUUCUCGGUGUCUGGGAGCCCCUUGAGGACUCUCCUCAGCUGCAUGCUGUGUCUGGUAUCUCCUACUACAUGUCUCCUCCCCACACCUGGAAGGAGGUUGCGCUGGACCCUAUUCACACCGCUAUCUACAUUGCCUUCACCGUGUCUGUGUGCGCCAUCUUCUCCAAGACCUGGAUUGAGGUGUCUGGCAGUGGACCCAGGGAAAUUGCCAAGCAACUCAAGGACAAUGGACUGGUCAUGAGCGGUCACCGAGAGGGCUCCAUGUACAAGGAGCUCAAGAGGGUGGUUCCCUCGGCUGCCGCCAUUGGUGGAGCCUGCCUGGGACUGCUCAGUGUUGUUGCCGAGCUGACCGGAUGCCUUUCCGGAGGUACCAGCAUUCUCCUUGCCGUCACCACCAUCUACUCCCUGCUCGAGAGCGCAGCUAAGGAGGGCAUGCCUGGCAUGAACAUGGGCGACAUGCUGGAUUAG